CUCAGUCCCUGUGGCACCAUGACGAAGAUAUUUACUUUGCUUUCUGUUUUUGCCGCUCUCCAAACUAUUCUUUCACUUCCAGUUGAUGAGUCGGAGGCUCUGUACACGAAUGAACGGCAGUAUCGGUUUAGAUUGCGCCCCGCGCAACCGUCACCGGAGACGAACCUCAGAGAGCCAAAGGUAAAGUUAGUGUUGUAAGUAGAGAGCAGAGU